AUUAGUAUUGGCAGCAAGAGUCGUAUAUACCGAACGGACUUGCGACGACUUCGACCUGCCACACAUACCCUCAAGCUUCACACGCUAUCUUCACAAUGGCCGCCGACAGAACCAACGUCUCCAGCGAUCUCAUCUGGCAGAUCACCCGCAACCAGAAUGCUUUCCUGGUGAAGCGUAACAGCGGCGGUGGUUCUCAGUUCUCCCGCGACCCUUUGAACGUGCAGAACAAGCACUCUUUCAAGUACGCCGGCUAUGCCAACAACAAGGCCAUUGGUGUUCAGGCUACCGAGAACGGCGGUGUUGUCGUCCUCACCAAGAAGUCCAACUCCCAACAGCCCGCGAAGAACAUCGUCACCGUGAGCUACGGCCCCAGCGCCUCCACCCGCAAGAUCUUCAAGGGUGUUGCCGACAAGACCGCUAAGAAGGGCUACCGUGCCGAUCUCCGUGAGGCUGCUGUCGCUCGUGUGAGCGCCAUCCGCCGCUCCCAGAAGCCCAAGAAGGAGUCUCCUCCCCAGAAGCUUCGUGGCGCUCAGGCUAAGAAGGCCGCCGAGAAGGACCAGGAGUAAGCAACAAUAGUAGCAAGAGGGAUCCUAAGGUUGAAGCUCCCCGGAAAUGGGCGCAUCGAUCAUAGUAGGGCUGUGUCAACUAAAUGGCGGAAGCAUCUGGGUAAUGUAGCAUGAUCGCGCUACCAUGAGAAACACCACCAACCAUGUGAUAGAAGAUAAUCCGCAAAUGAAAAAGGAAAAAUGUCAAAAAGAAGAUCACAUCAAGCCAUGAGCACAUUCUGCUUUUCGCUAUGCGAUUGCUUAUCCACUUGUGGUGAUAGCAA